AUGUACAUUUUCUCGCAACAGUUUUUCUUCUCAGUGCCUGCCUCCGUCUCAGUUCUUGUUUUCCAUGUUUUCGUCGGUUACGCGUUGGAAGACAUUUAUGUAAUAAUCAGAAACUCUGGGCCUAAGGAUCAGGUCUGGAAUGGCAAGGACUCUUUUAAGAUUCCACCUUCAAAAUGUGAUCCAUUAGCAAAUACAACAGGAGAUGAAUGCGAACCAUUUCGAGCAGAUCCACCGCCGAGUAACACUCCAAAUUGUUGUUGCCCGUGUCCUGGCGACGGACCCACGUUCGCUUUUCUUAACAAUAGUUGGGCGUGUUUUGACAAUGGAAACAUACGAGACUUACAAGGUACGGUACGGAGAUGAAGUAAUCAAAAUUGAAUUGGGGCAUUUCUUUGUAGUUUGAUCGUGGGCAUAAUUAUAUAGUUACCAUUUGAUGUCUAAUAUGAUCUUUAUUCACUAAUUGAUCAGAUUUUAUAUCUCGGUCCAGCAAUGAUAGUGUCGGGGAAAUAAACGUAAAAUAAAAAGGCUAAGGUCAAAGUUAGAAUUGCCAUAAUAUUUUUUCUCUUAGCGUUUGGUAAACGUGCUCUACAUGCUUAUAAGUACAGACAGAUCACAUUUGCAGCCUAAGCUAUAUAGCGCUCAUAGUUACGAAUGACAAUAAACAAAUGUUGAUGUAUUUGUACUAUAAAUAUUGCUUUUCGUUGCUCAUUACGAAUUAGGCUGCAACCACACAAGCUAUUUUUUGAAUGAGGCAACGAAUCCUCCAUGGGAGUUAUGGGCGUUACAAACUUCCUUCUCCGUGUUGACCGAUAUUCCAUUUGGUGGGUCGAAGGGCCUGCAAAGCUGUGAGGUUUUGCCAAAUUCUUCCUGGCAUCUUGGAUGUAAUGGGACGCGAGUAAGGUCACCUCUCUAUCAAAGCAAGAUGAAGGACCUGUUUGCAUUAGCUAACCAGCAGUUUGGUCGUGCUCGGUUCAACCGAUUCUCUCUAGAGGUAAGAAAACGCACACCCUGACGGNUACAGACAGAUCACAUUUGCAGCCUAAGCUAUAUAGCGCUCAUAGUUACGAAUGACAAUAAACAAAUGUUGAUGUGUUUGUACUAUAAAUAUUGCUUUUCGUUGCUCAUUACGAAUUAGGCUGCAACCACACAAGCUAUUUUUUGAAUGAGGCAACGAAUCCUCCUUGGGAGUUAUGGGCGUUACAAACUUCUUUCUCCGUGUUGACCGAUAUUCCAUUUGGUGGAUCGAAUGGCCUGCAAAGCUGUGAGGUUUUGCCAAAUUCUUCCUGGCAUCUUGGAUGUAAUGGGACGCGAGUAAGGUCACCUCUCUAUCAAAGCAAGAUGAAGGACCUGUUUGCAUUAGCUAACCAGCAGUUUGGUCGUGCUCGGUUCAACCGAUUCUCUCUAGAGGUAAGAAAACGCACACCCUGA